UUUUAUAGAAAAAAUUUUUAGAUUUAAUUUAAUUUCCAAAGUUAAUUUAGUUUUACAUUGAAAUACCAUCAGUUAUAGGGUUAUAUACCCCAUAAAAGACCCCCUUAAAUCCACUCCCCUGCCUGCUAAGUCAGCCAAGCGCCGUUAUCAUCGCCGAUUUGAAAACAACGCAGCCAAGCCAACGACGCGAACAUUGUGAAAACUGACGUCCCCGGGGGCAGUCCGUUGAGUAACGCGGCUAAAGAUUAACCAGAUUGCCAGGAUUAAAUCGUCAGAAAUUAAGUGUUAACAUUGAGUUACAGUCAUGGCCGCGGAAAGGCAUGAAAAUCGAAGCGAAAUGGAGUCACAGCCCAGGCUGCCUGAUCUCAAUUUUGUGAGUGAUAAACUUCAGAAGUUCCAGUCCAAAUUGCUGACCGACUUUGAGCAAAGACUCUCCUGCAUGGUUGAGGAUGUGAUCCAGGAUCUGCGACAACGGGAACUGAGAGCCCAUGAAUUCCCCAACUUUGAGAGAUCCGAUCGGAAGAGCACUUGGCACAAUCGCGUGACCAGCGAAGCGCCAACGGACGUCAGUGACUCGCCAAAUGGUCAUGCAAAUGGCACAAAUCCAAAGCUGCCGCACCAAGCCGAAAAAUCUGGCAAAGAACUGAAACGACAACUGCCUGAAAAAGUCUUCGUUGCCCGAGAAUCGUACCUCACCGCUCUGCUGCAGGUGGAGCACAUGCGCACCAUCUACCACAUCUUCUACAUUAUUCUGGUCAUGUUUCUGCUGAACGUGAUCUGCUAUGAUUAUUUCGUGGAGGGUCGGAUCGAUCUAGGUCUGGGCACCUUCCGGGGCGGACUACGCAGACUGCAUUGGGUAAUGGGCGUUUGGCUGCUGGAGCAUGUCUUCGUCCUGGCCCUCUAUUACGCCUUUCGCGGAUGGGCUCUGGUCAGGCACAAGCUGAAACCUCACAGCUCCCUCCAGCACUUCUGGUCACACAGCUGCCUAAUUUUGUACAUCAGCUCCCAGCUGGUUUUCUGCUUCGUGUCCACUUCCCUGUGCCUUAAGUUCAACCUACCCUUCGUGAGUGCCUGCGUCUUAUUGCUGGAGAGCACUCGCCUGCUGAUGAAGAUGCAUGCCUUUGUAAGGUACAAUGCAGAGCGGGUUUUGGGUGGUAAGGCUAAGAAAGAAGACGCAGAGGAAGAGAAGGAGGCCACUGGAAAACCCUUUGUGCCACCGUUGAGCUGCUACACUUACUUCCUGUUUGCACCGACAUUGAUCUACCGGGACAGCUAUCCGCGAACUUCUCACAUCCGUUGGAAGUUCGCCUUAAACCGCCUCUUGGAGGUUGUGGCCAUAGCCUUCCUUUACGCCUUCAUCCAUGAGCGGCACAUUGAAGAACACUUUGGGCAGUUUGGCCUGGAGCCGAUGGGACCCUCCCAGCUAAUCCUCAAGCUCUUCGGAAUGAUGCUGCCCAGUGCAGUGAUCUUUUUGUGCGGAUUUUACUUGAUCCUGCACUCGUGGCUGAACUUCACGUCGGAGCUGCUGCGCUUCGGCGAUCGAAUGUUCUACAAGGACUGGUGGACGUCGCACACCUACGAUGGGUACUACAGGAAUUGGAAUGUAGUGGUGCACGACUGGCUGUACGAGUAUGUGUACAAGGAUAUGUACACUCAUGUGUUCCGGGGGUCCAAGGUGGGCGCCUCGCUGUCAGUGUUCAUGAUCUCCGCUCUGGUGCAUGAGCAGGUUCUCGGCUUCGCCCUCCAAUUGUUCUUCCCAGUGAUGUUCUUCUUUUUCGGUGUUGUCGGCGUUGCCUUGGUCUUCCUAAUGCGUAGUGCUCCCAAAGUGAUGGGCAACAUCUUCCUGUGGUUCUCACUGAUUCUGGGAAAUGCCAGUUUGAUCUCACUAUAUGCCAUGGAGCACUACGCUCAGAAAAACUGCAAUCUGAGCAACGAGAACUGGAUGGAUCGCCUGCUGCCGGCGGCAUGGCGCUGCUACAAUUAGUCAAUUAAUUAAUCACUACUUUUAAAUUGUCUGUACACAGGGCGUACGCUUCGAUUUGUAUUUUAGGUAAAUAAACUUAAUGAAAUUAACAGAAACGUCA